AGGCAAAGAGAAUUUUUUUUUUUAUAAAUGCCAUUUAGCAAAGAAGUUUGUUUCGAUAAGCGAAAGAUCUUACGAGAAUUUAUAAUUAUGUAAAAUUAAAUUAAAUUAAAAAAAAAUUAAAAAUAAUGAAAAUUAGCGAAGAAAGGCAAAAACUAUGGAAACUUGUCGUACCUGUGCCAAGUGUGAUUUUGAUAAUGAAAGCCAAUGGAUGGAUUUAUUCAACCCGCAAUAUAGGCAAACGGAAAUAGAAUCGAUUCGCAUUGAGUUCAAUAUAUGGAAAUUGAAGAUUUCACCUAAUGAUGGCUUGCCGCAGAAAAUUUGUCACGAUUGUUUUAAUAAAUUCCUUACAAUAUCUUCAUUUCGUUUACAAUGCUCGGAGGCUCAAGUUAAGCUAAAUAAUAUUUUCGAUAAAAUCGAUAAUCAAAGCAUAAAAGACGAUGAAAAUUUUGAUAAUUUUACUACCGAACGAGAAAAUAAUGAGUGCACAGUUAAUACGACUGCUGUUGGUGUCAUUGUCCAUCAAUCAACAAGAAUUAAAAAUCACACCGAAAUUAAAACCAACGAAAAUAAUGCAAAAAAUACGAUUUCUGCCAACGUUUCAAAGAAAACCAUAAAAACCUAUACAACACGCACUGCCGUUAUAAAAACCCACAACCAAAAUUCCUCUGAAAUUAUUAAUAACAAUAACAGUAAUAGCAAUAAUAAUAUAAUAAUACCUACAAUCUUUGUGAAUAAUGCGAACAAUAGGAAAAGCGUUCAUAUCGAUGAUACGAACGAUUUGAGUGACAAUGGAAUUAUCGAAGAGUUUCAUGAUGCAGUGAAAUCCGUUAACUGGAAUACGAAUGAAAGUAAAAUUUAUACUAAUAAUGUCAACUCAAAUAACGAUAAGAAGAAGAAGAAGAGCUCUUCUAGUCAUCACAACGAAAAUGACUUGACAAACGAUAACAUAAGCAUAACGUUUGAAUGUAAAUACUGUUAUAAGUCUCGUCAUCGGCCAGUUGAAAUGUUUCACACUCAACGGGAUUUAUUAACGCAUAUAACUGUCUAUCAUAAUUCUGAGAAUCCCUAUAAUUGUCCAUUUUGUGAGAUGGGUUUUCAAGAUGCCGCCUCAAGGACAAUGCAUCUGAAAGAUCAACAUUGCCAGAAAAUGUUUACCUGUGAAACGUGCGGUAAAAAGUACGCCGAUCGUUUUAAUUUACGUAAUCACAUUGAAAAAUAUCAUACAGAGAUCGAUUAUGAUUGCACGCUCUGUCAGAAGAGUUUUCUAUCGCGUAAAAGUCUCAAUUAUCACAUGAAAUGGCAUAAACCUGAAUAUCAAUUAAAAUGCACUUAUUGUGAACGUUUGUUCAUCAAUCAGCGACAUUUGAAAUGUCACGAAGAGACUCACACGGGUUUAAGAAAUCAGGAAGUCUGCUCAUUUUGCGGUAAAUGUUUCAUUCAUCUGAAAACAUUACGCUGGCAUAUCUAUCGUCAACAUGAUGGUGAAAAACCAUAUAAAUGCGGCAACUGUUCAGAGGUAUUUGCUUCCUAUGCCAAAAAGCGUUUACACAUGCUGGACUAUCAUUUAGAUAAUUUAACAGUGUUGGAGAAAACUGAGUGCAUGUUGUGCCAUAAGAGAUAUGAAAAUGAAAUUGAUUUGAAAAAGCAUAUGCUCGAAGACCAUAACGAAGAGAAGUGUACCAUUAAAAUUUCGAAUAACAAACGAGUGAUAAUGAAUAAAAAACAAAAGCAAUUUAGCGGAUUAUUUCAAUGUGAAGUUUGUGAUAAACGUUUUAAUAUGAAAUCAGCUUUAGAACGACAUCAGGCAGUUCAUUCGAUCGAAGGAAGACCUCAUGCUUGUCCUCAAUGUCCGAAACGUUUUAAACGCUCGCAAGAUAUGAACUGGCAUUUAAAAACUCAUUCUGAAGAGAAACCCAAUAUAUGUGAUGUUUGCGGUAAAGGUUUUGCUUUAAAGUAUGUCUUAACUCAACAUCGUAGAAGUCACGAAGUUUUGGAAAAGAAUUUCAGUUGCACAAUAUGUGGACGUUCAUAUUUAUUUGAAAAAUCGUUGAGAUUGCAUGAGCGGAUACAUACUGGAAAAACUUACUACAAAUGCGAUCUGUGCAAUGCCAAUUUUGUGACUCAUAUCAAAUUUAAAUGGCACAUGAGCAAAAUGCAUGAUGCAGAAGAAAUAUCCGCUACUGCUAAUAUAAAUUUCAAUACGAAUUAUGAAAAAGGGCUACCGCUGGAUGACUUAGUUAAUUUUGUGAUUCCUUAAAAAGAAAGAAUAUUUA